GGCGAGGUUAACGCAAAAUCAACACACACCCCUUUCAAAAUUCCGAGUGCUUUAACAAUUCAUUUUCCAAAAUUUUCCAAUAUAAUCCCAUUGCACUAUAAAAUUCCUUCAUUAUUUCGUACAUUCGUUUAAAGUAAAGUAAAGUAAAAAAAAAAUAAACACAAAGGCCCAAAACAUGACAUCGGUAAAGGGAGUCGGCACCGCUGAUCCGAGCAACCUCGGCUGCCCGAAUCCCUGCCGCGAGCAGUAUCUCUUUCUCCUCGAGUUCUACGUGCGCCACGUCGACUGCUGCCGCCUCAUCAAGCUCAAUCAGGUCUUCUGCGUGCCCACCACCAUCGCCUUUCGAUUUCUCGACUUCAAAGCCGACGACGACCUGCAAUUCACGCCCGUGGAUACUCUGUUCGAGCCACUGGCGCCGGGUGGCGUCGACAAGGUCGAGACGUUCUACGACGGCAAAUCGGUGCUGUUCGCCCUGGACCAGGACGCGGUGAGCGACAAGUGCCAGAGCUUCAAGAUCAAGGUGGCCGUGAAGAAGCUCAUGCCGCCGGACAUAAGGCCGGACUCGGUGGUAGUGGGCAAGGCCGUGAUCGACAUGAGCAAGCACUUUUUGGCGCUGUGCAAGGAGUUGAUCGACGCGACCAAGUACGGCAACACCGACUUGCCGAACCCGUCCAAGGUGUUCGACGACGACGUGGAGAUCUACUAUCCGGACGAGCGCUGUCCCGUGGGCACGAUGAACGUGUACGCGCGGAUCUCGGCCCACGGCCAGGUCAUCGUCACGGAGAUCGCCACCCCCGGCGUCGUCGCCGAGUCGGCCGAGUCUCAGGACGCGGCGAGCAUCUCCAGCUUCGUGUUCAAGGCCGCCGAGACGCUGACCUGCGACGACUGCGGCGCGCUCAGCUACAAGUGCAAGAAGCUCGACCCGCGGGGCUGCGAUAUCUCGGAGAUUCUCGUCAACGGUGGGGAAGAUGAUGGAAAAUGUAACAAAGGCCAGGAGGAGGAGAGGAUGCCGUGCGCCCCGUGCAGGGAGCACGCCAGCGCCCGUACGAGCAAGUGCAACAACAACAACAAAGGAGGCAAAGGUGAGCCGGCGCCCGCGACGCGCUGCUCGGCCCCGGACAACGCCCCCAUACAGACCAGCCGCGGCCCCAAGGAAUCUUGCGGCAAGGCCGUGGUGCUCAAAGUGUCGGGUCUGCUUGCCGUCAACAACGAUGACAAUGGUAAUCCGCAGCCGAGGAUCGAGCCCAGGGUGACGGUCGCCAGCGAGAAGGACGCCGCGACCAAGGCCGACCUCGAGGCCGAUCCCGAGCACGACGUCUUCAUACUGCGAAUCGGCAAGAAGGGCCUGGUGGGCUGCGGCGAGAAGUCCGACAUACAGCUGGAGAUGCGCACGCCCAAGGGUCCGGAGAGGCGGCCACCGGUCAGACUCGAGACCAGAGAGAUACAGACGGACGACGACAAGAAGGGCAAAGGCAAGAAGAAGGAAAAAGAAAAAAAAAAAAAAAAAUGA